ACAAAGCACAAACACACGAUAGCAAAACUAACGUCAUAAAAACAACCGUUACAGCAUAAUCACAUAUUUGUCAUUUUUAUCAAGCACACACAAGGCCCAUUUCUGUGAAUGCCUUAUUGUUACAAGGUUCAGAGUUGUUCCAUUAAUUAAGGGGGAAAAUCUUUUGGAAAACAUGCAGAUCUAUGACAAAACAUUUUGUGCACACUUGAUACAUGUUAUCAAGUGUACUGAUGACAGCUCAGCCAAUUUUCUGCUCUGUUGACUCCACUUAGUGUACCUGCCUGGAAUGUCCACCUCCCACUCCUCCUUCACAAAACAUAAAAGAAUGUCAGUGGCCCCUACAGUUGGGGCCUCUUUUGCGGCCGCUGACUAUGUGGUGUUCGCGUUCAUGUUGGCCGUGUCCGCCGCUAUCGGCGUCUACUACGCCUGGAUCGACCGAGACCUGGGUAGCUCGGACGACUUCCUCACGGGCGGAAGGAGGCUCACGGCUCUGCCAGUCUCUUUGUCGCUGACUGCCAGCUUCAUGUCGGCCAUCACGGUGCUCUCCAACCCUGCUGAGGUGUACCAGUACGGGGCCAGCAUUGUAUUUUACAGUCUGUCUUAUUUCAUGACCAUGGUGGUGACAUCUGAGGUCUUCCUUCCAGUAUUCUACAGACUGUCCAUCACCAGUACUUAUGAGUAUUUGGAACUCCGUUUUAACAAAGCGACACGCCUGUUGGGAACCCUUCUCUUCAUUGUUCAGACAAUCCUCUACACUGGAAUUGUCAUUUACACCCCAGCUUUGGCUUUAAACCAAGUCACUGGGAUGGAUCUAUGGAGUGCGGUGAUUUCCACAGGCGUGGUUUGCACCUUUUACUGCACUUUGGGUGGGCUUAAAGCGGUGGUUUGGACAGAUGUUUUCCAGCUUGGUGUCAUGCUUGCCGGCUUCCUGACAGUCAUCAUCCGGUGCGUGCGCCUCCAAGGCGGAAUCGGACGUAUUAUUUCAGAUUCACAACAUGGAAGAAGGCUUGACUUUUGGGACUUUGACCCCAACCCACUGAAGAGACACACCUUCUGGACGGUAACCUUUGGUGGGACUUUUGUCUGGGUCAGCAUCUACGGUAUAAACCAGGCCCAGGUUCAGCGCUACAUUUCCUGCAAGAGCAUCAUUCACGCCAAACUAUCGCUGUUCAUCAAUCUGGUGGGCCUGUGGUGCAUCCUGCUGUCGUCAGUCUUCGCAGGAAUGUGCCUCUAUUCGGUGUAUAAGGACUGUGAUCCGUGGACCAGCGGUGCAGUUUCUGCUCUAGAUCAGCUCAUGCCAUAUUUGGUGAUGGACAUCCUAGGAGACUACCCCGGCCUGCCCGGACUAUUUGUUGCAGCAGCUUAUAGCGGCUCUCUCAGCACGGUGUCAUCCAGCAUCAACGCUCUUGCUGCAGUGACUGUAGAGGACCUCAUUAAGCCCCAUGUGAAUUUGUCUGAGAAAAAGCUCUCCUGGGUGUCAAAAGUCUUGAGCUUUUUAUAUGGCGCUUUAUGCAUCGGGAUGGCAGGACUGGCAUCACUUAUGGGUGGAAUACUGCAGGCCACAAUCAGCAUCUUUGGUGUGAUUGGAGGUCCUUUACUUGGGAUUUUCUCUCUGGGAAUCCUCUGUCCUUUUGCCAAUUCCAAAGGAGCUUUGUCAGGUCUGGUAUCAGGCCUCAUGAUGGCACUUUGGGUGGGCAUUGGCGCCCAAAUAUACCCACCAACUCUCAAUUUGAGUCGACCGCUGCCUCUCACCACCAAGGGUUGUAACGCCACUACUGACGGCAUCAACUGGAACACCACAGUUCUGCCUCCUCACACCAGAGUACACUUAAGCCAUGAAACGAAUCUUCUGGAUAACUGGUACUCCCUAUCCUACCUUUACUUCAGUCCCAUUGGAACCAUUACAACCAUCUUUGUGGGAGUGCUUAUCAGCCUUGUUACAGGAGGCUGGAAACACAAAGUGGAAUCAAGACUUACCAUGAUAAAGAAAGACACAACUCUCUUUUGCGUAUUCAAGGCAUUCGAGAACAGAUUAACAAGAUCCACCAAGUCGGACGAGAAACAAGAGAUGCAACUUGGCAACACUAAUCCUGCUUUUUGUGACAUUGAGUUGGACUACAUGAAAUGCAACACACCUACAUGAGAUCCGGUCUCCUUCUACAUUAGUAUUCCCAACUUUUAGAGAGUCUAAGCAUACAAAAGUUAAGCUGUGUAGUUGAAGUACUGCUUUGAAACAGAAUAACUUUAUUAAAGUGUGCACAUUUAUUGUUGAACAAUACUGACUACACAAAUUUAAUUUACAUUCAUUUUAAAGAAUUCCCCUUGAAUCCAUAGAACAUUAAGAAUGUACGACAGCAUGUUUUGUUUUCAACAAUAAAAUAACACUUAAAUGUGUACUUAUGGCUGGUUACACGUUAUUUUAUUUCGCAACAGUGUUACUGUUAAAAAAAACAAAAAACAUGAAA